UCUAGCCUGGGAUUGGUGGAUUCACAAACUUGUGCAAUCAUUUCAUUGAGCAAUCCUUUUUUUUUUCAUUGCUGAAGCUUUUUUCUAUAACUGCUUCAGUCUCCCCUUUUUUCUUCUGUUUGGUUGUUCUGGGUUAUGAAGAAAACAUGCCGAGGAUAACUACAAUCUGCAUCCCUUUUUUAUUACUGCAAGCCCUGGCUUCUGUAAAAUGCCAAGUCACAGAGUGUACACGUCAGCAGUUCAUAGAAAGUUCUGCCUAUGACAAAAAUUUUGACACAACUGUUUUGCAACCAACAUAUCCGCUUAAAAAACAAGUCAAGGUGCCAUGCAGAACUGGCUAUACUGGAUUUUUCAAGCUGGUUUGUUCUGAAACUGGAUGGGAAACUAUAGGCGGACCAUGCCAAGCUAAAUCCUGUGGUCAUCCUGGCGAUGCCCAGUUUGCAGAUUUUCAACUUGAGAGUGGAAACGACUUUGUUUUUGCGUCGACAGUGGUUUACACCUGCCACAAAGGCUAUCAGAUGGUUAGUCGAUCAAACCGGCGCCGUUGCAUGGCAGACGGUUGGGAUGGUCACAUUCCAACAUGUGAAGCCGUGAAAUGCGAAUCGUUGCCUGUAAAUGACAAUGUCCAGGUGAGUGGAGAUCCAGAGGAUGGAACGUAUGGGAACGUCAUUCGAUUCAGUUGCAAGUCCCGCAAUCAAAUUUUAAAAGGACCAACUGAGAUUUAUUGUGAUGAAUCGGGUGAAUGGAGUGGAAAUGUCCCAGAAUGCAAAGAGGUGUCAUGUGACACCCCCCAGAUUCCUCACGGCCGUGUCACUGAUCCUCCUAAGUUGUACAGAGAAAACGAACAUCUGAAUUUUGUUUGUGAUAACAAAUACAAACCUGCUGAUGACAGACGUUCAAGGUGCCUAAAAGUUGGAUCUGAAGCAGUGUGGAGCCCCACACCUCAAUGUACAUUAAUACAAUGUAAAGUGAAUUUGCCGCCAAUCCCGGGAACAAGAUAUAACCGUUAUGACAAAAACAUGUUCCCACCUGGUGACACAUUAACAGUCACAUGUGACGGGGAUCGCUGGAUUGUAGACAUGAAAACCACCAGCGCCGUUGUUACUUGCAAUGACAAUGGAAACUGGGAUAUCAUCCCGGAAUGCAAAGAUGUUUCAUGUGAUGAAGACCGACGAGACCGAUAUCUGCGUUACUUUGAUGUUCAAUGGAGACGAAGAAAAAUGAAUGACCGUGCAACUUAUUCUUGCAAAAGAGGCUAUGAAAAACCACGUGGUGUUACAUAUGCCACAUGUACCAGAGAUGGAUGGAUGCCUGAACGGCUUUGUGAAGGAACAACAUGUGAAAAACCUGAUUUUGAACAUGGUGAACAAAUAACUUCAAGAGAGAAGUAUUCAUACAACGAUAGAGAAACACUAACAUAUCAAUGUGUUUAUCCAACUGAUAUAAUCCCAGUAACUAUUACAUGUGAUCGAGGUUCUUGGAGUGGAAUUAAAAGCUGUUUGGAACUGGCUUGUGUAAAGCCAAAAAUCCCAAAUGGAUUUGCUAUUGGUCCACAUGACAACACGGUGUAUUACUCCUGCAAUCAAAACUACAAGCUGUUCUCCAAAGCCUGGUGGGGUGUGGCCAAAUGUAGUAAUGGGAAGUGGUCAACACUCCAAGAAUGUAUUGAAAUAACUGAAUGUGGAGAAACUCCUGAUAUUUCUAAUGGGAGAGUGGCAUCUAUAGAUAAACAACGUGCAACAAUUACUUGCAGCGAAGGAUAUCAGACGGAAAUUAAUGAGAUAACUUGUGACAACGGAGAAUGGGAUUUGGAUGAAAGGAACUAUACAAAUGUUUGUACACGCAUUUCUGAACCGUGUGACCCACCACCACAAGUUAAGAAUGCAGUCAUUGAAUUGCCUUAUCAGAGGGAAUACGUUUCUGGUUCACAAGUCAUUUAUAAAUGCCGUGACAAUUACAAGUUGGGAAAUGACAAGGCCAUCAGAUGUCUUGAUGGACAAUGGGAGGAGAAGAUGAUUUCCUGCACCCCAUUCUGUAAAGAGCUUGAGGAUAGUAAGUUGAAUGUUGAGCAGUCAUUAAGAAGAGGAGAAUACAUGAAUGGAGACACUAUUGACUACAGGUGUGCUCAUGCUGAGCAAAAUGAAGGCACUGCAACUUGUUAUGAGGGCAAAUGGAAUAAAACAAUUGAAUGUCCAGGAACAACAUGUGAAAAACCUAAUUUUGAACAUGGUGAACAAAUAACUUCAAGAGUGAAGUAUUCAUACAACAAUGGAGAAACACUAACAUAUCAAUGUGUUUAUCCAACUGAUAUAAUCCCAGUAACUAUUACAUGUGAUCGAGGUUCUUGGAGUGGAUUUAAAAGCUGUUUGGAACUGGCUUGUGUAAAGCCAACAAUCCCAAAUGGAUUUGCUAUUGGUCCACAUGACAACACGGUGUAUUACUCCUGCAAUCGAAAUUACAAGCUGUUCUCCAAAACCUGGUGGGGUGUGGCCAAAUGUAGUAAUGGGAAGUGGUCAACACUCCAAGAAUGUAUUGAAAUAACUGAAUGUGGAGAAACUCCUGAUAUUUCUAAUGGGAGAGUGGCAUCUAUAGAUAAACAACGUGCAACAAUUACUUGCAACGAAGGAUAUCGGGCGGAAAUUAAUGAGACAACUUGUGAGAAAGGAGAAUGGGAUUUGGAUGAAAGGAACUAUACAAAUGUUUGUAGACGCAUUUCUGAACCGUGUGGCCCACCACCAAAAGUUAAGAAUGCAGUCAUUGAAACGCCUUAUCAGAGGGAAUACGUUUCUGGUUCACAAGUUGUUUAUAAAUGCCGUGACAAUUACAAGUUGGGAAAUGACAAGGCCAUCAGAUGUCUUGAUGGACUAUGGGAGGAGAAGAUGAUUUCCUGCACCCCAUUCUGUAAAGAGCUUGAGGAUAGUAAGUUGAAUGUUGAGCAGUCAUUAAGAAGAGGAGAAUACAUGAAUGGAGACACUAUUGACUACAGGUGUGCUCAUGCUGAGCAAAAUGGAGGCACUGCAACUUGUUAUGAGGGCAAAUGGAAUAAAACAAUUGAAUGUCCAGGCAUUCCUUGUAAUGUUCCUCAACUGGGCCCAGGUCUGAGAACUUCUCCGAUCAUCUCAAGAAUGAAAUCAGGAGGAAAAUUAAAUGUAUUCUGUACCUUUGAGUAUGAACUUGAAGGAGAAAAUGAAAUUGAAUGUUUAGACACAGGACUUUGGAGUUCAACCUUCCCAACAUGCACAAAAACUUGUGAGAUGCCUGAUAUACCAACAAUCCUACGCCUGAUGACACCUGUAGAGGGAACAAGAGCUAAGAAGGGACAAAAGUUAGAGUUUGAAUGCAGCCAACGAGGAAAAUUCAUUCAAGGAAAUGCAGAGAUUGAAUGUUUGGAAAGUGGAGAGUGGAGCGAUCAGCUUCCCAGAUGUGGAGAUAGACGCACAUGUUCAGCUCCACCUGCAAUUGAAUUUGGAGAUGUAAUGGGAAGUAGAACUGAAUAUCAAGAGGGUGAGUCUGCUGAAUACACUUGUCCAAGGUAUUAUUUAAUGGAAGGAGGGCCAUGGCGAACCUGCAGGAGCGGACAAUGGACUGGACGUGUUAGAUGCAUCAAACCGUGCUCUGUGACUAAAGAAGAGAUGGACAAACAUCAUCUUCAGCUUCAAAAACAUUGGCUGGAUAAGAUUUAUUCAGAACAUAAUGAUCACCUUACAUUCAUAUGUAAAGAGGGAAAAAGACCUGAUGGUAGGGUGGGGAUGCGUCAGCAGUGCGUUGAGGGUGUGAUUGAGUUACCCACCUGUGUAUAAAAGGCUUCAAAGAGCUUGGUAUGAUUUGUUUGGUUUCGGAAGCUCAUAAUGUGCCAUGAGUCAUUUUUUUUUCCUUUUUGUGAACAAUUUUUUACUGCACCAUUUCAAAUAAUAGUUCAAAACAUAACUCAAAUAAUCAAAUAAGCCUCCCCUUCCCUCCCAAGGCGGUAGCCCCCCAGGGGUUCCCUAUGGCAGCCGUUAAUCAAACAAAAUAAACAAUGUGUUAGUCACACACACACAAAAUAAUAAUAGUAAAUUGACAAAUAGAAAAUAAAUAUAUAUGGGCAUGCCUUCACACAUAUGCUGUUGCCGCUUGUUAAGUCCGAGGGUCACAUGGAAUACUUUUACCAAUAAACUCAGAAAGUAUCUUGGAUAUUCGACUCCAAAACUCCCGAACCGGGGAACAGUCCCGCAUCAUAUGCUUAAAACUACCAAAGGAAUUAAGUGAACACAAAUUACAAUUGGGACUCUGAACCCGUCCCAUACGGAACAUUGUGGCAGGGGUGUCUGAGUCAUUCAUGUUAAACUUUAAUCGUUUAAAACAGAUUACAUUCUUCAGAUUCAAAAUCAAAUUACUGAAAAGCUGUUCAACACAUUUUUAAUUGUUUUUGAUCCUUCAUCUUUCAUUGCAGAUUAAGAAUAUCUGUAUCAACAAUUGUCCUGGUCAUUUCUAAUGUCCUAUGCACAAAAAUAAAAUAUAAUCUCAAAUGUA